AUGAGGGUGUUUUCGACGAUUUCGCUCAUUCUACACUUUCUCCUUGUUUCGGCCCUUGUGGCAAGUUCAAGUACAACGCCUUCAGCGCCAACAUGCCCCUACCGCACGGUGAAUUAUAUUACGCACAGUUUGCCUCAACAGUGCCUGACCUCAUCUUGGAAGCCCAGCCCCACAACUUCCCCGAACGCAGGCGAUUCCACCACCGAGUCCACGGCAUCAGCCACAUUCUCUGGUGAACACCUCUCCAAGGACGACCAGGCCCACCGAUCUUCUGCACAGAUACAGACUCAAGAAGUGACACCUCAGAUCUCUCCGACAAGCAAUUCCCCAAGCCAAGCACAGAGCACAUCAAGUGUCAAGAGUACUGAAACCCCUUCCGCUGGAGGCGUUGACGUUGCGGUGGAUGAUGUGUCACCUCUCGAGGAUAGCAAGUUCCUAUCUUUUGAAGACUGGAAGCGAGAAAAUCUUGAAAAGUUGGGACAAUCAAAUAACAUUGGAACCCGAGCAAGAGGUGAUCAUGGAGGAACAAAAAAGCGAUCCAAUAUUGACCAAAAUUCUCUGGACGCACUUGGUGACGACGCAGAGAUAGACAUCGAUUUUUCUGGUCUGGUUUCCGACGGUCUUGAGCCCGAAGGUCAGCCUCAACCACGCCCUCCGCAACCAGUCUCGGAUUCAGUGUACGGGAUGGACCCUGGCCGCGCACCGAAAGUGGGCUUGAGAGGUAAGGAUGCCGGGACGACAUCCAAAGAGAGGUCCAACUAUGCCUCAUUCGAUUGCGGAGCUGAUCACAAGAAUGCAAAUCCUGAAGCCAAAAACCCAAAGGCCAUCCUUGGCGAGAACAAAGAUGCUUACAUGCUGAACGUCUGCUCUGCAAAGGACAAAUUCAUCGUCUUUGAGCUGUGUGAUGACAUUGCUAUUGACACAAUUGUGGUCGCUAAUUUCGAGUUCUUCAGCUCAAGCUUCAGGACCUUCAAAGUUAGUGUCUCCGAUAAGUAUCCCAUCAAGAUUGACAAAUGGAAAUCCUUGGGCAUUUUUGAGGCGCGCAAUAGUCGUGAAAUUCAAGCUUUCCUGAUUGAAAAUUCUGUCAUAUGGGCACGCUACGUACGCAUUGAGUUCUUGACUCACUAUGGAAACGAAUUCUAUUGUCCGCUCAGUCUUGUCAGGGUGCAUGGCGCAACCAUGCUGGAGGAAUAUAAGCACGAUCUGGAGUCCUUACAGAACGAAGUCGAUGACGAAGCGACCAUGACUCAGGAACAGAACGUUCCCCUUGUCGAUGCUGAGGUAUCGGAUAUUAUUGCCGAAGUUGUGUUGAGCGAAAAUGGGUCACGCUCGUUCAAGAACACGGGCAAGCAGGACGCUGUGGAGGUGGAGAAUUCGCAAACUCCAUCUCCUUCCUCAACACCCGAGAGCGACAUCGAUACUGGCUCAGUGAUUCCUCCCGUUUAUGAACCCACGUCGGCCUCAAAUCACUCAACAUUUGUUGGCAGUCUCGCUCAACAAAGUUACGCAACGGAAACGUGUGAUCUUGCAGAGAUCUCUUCAACCACAGAUCCUGUUCAACGCGAUGAAAUGACUGAGUCGAAUGUCCGGGGCGAUCUUAGAUCAAGAACAGGCGAAUCGAGCUCGAGGUCUGAUUCCACGACUUCUAUCAGAAGUCCGACCCCUAGAACCGCAUCUAGCAACGUAACUACAUCGACAUCCUCCUCUUCAAAGGCCAGCUCACAGGCAACGAAUUCCACAUCUAUCAAAAACACUUCAACUACACCCAUUGUCAACAAUACCAAAGGGUCAUCAUCACAAACUCAAGCAUAUCCUGCAGUUCCAACCAUGCAAGAGUCUUUUUUCAAAUCGGUCCAAAAACGUUUACAAAUGCUUGAAUCAAAUUCCUCAUUAUCUCUUCAGUAUAUUGAAGAUCAAUCUCGUUCACUGAGAGAUGCAUUUCUGAAAGUUGAGCAACGGCAAUUGGCGAAGACCACGUUGUUCCUGGAUUACUUGAAUAACACAGUACUCAACGAGCUCCGAGAAUUUCGUUUACAAUAUGAUCAAUUGUGGCAGUCCACCGUGAUCGAGCUGGAGUUACAACGAGAACGAUACCAGCGUGAAAAUCUUGCAAUCAAUGCCCGCCUCGGUGUGCUAGCGGACGAAGUUAUCUUCCAGAAGCGCAUGUCUACGUUACAGAUGAUCUUAAUUUUAGUAUGCUUAGGGUUUGUUCUAUUUUCGAAGGGAAAUGUGAAUAGGUACCUAGAAUUACCUCUUCUACAGAAUGUCCUUUCAAGGUCGCCAAGUACUCGUUGGCUCAAUCAAUCUUCCAUCGAUACGCCCACACAGAGCCCACCUUUAACAAGGGUCAACUCCGAACGAAGUGGCAAGCGCCAGGGUAUUCUCAAAGGCCAUCGCCGUCUAUCGUCAGAAGAUUCCAUUGAUGGGCCAAUCAGUCCAGCGGACUUAUAUACACCAUCCACACCGGUCAGCUUUGCAGAGACUUCUGACGAUGAGCAAGGGCGUGCGGAUGAUGAACGACUUGGAGAUCCCCAAUUUGACCCCAGUCUUAUUGAAAGACCCAGCACAAGUCCACCUGUACUAUCAGGGUGUGACAUACCCACCACUCCUCCGACGCCUACCUCCCUUCCCGAAGCUGGGGAUAGGACCAUCGAGUCUACCCUUCAAUCAUGCACUCCCGAUCGGAGGGGUUUGCCUCUCGUAUUUGUUGAGGAUGCCACUCCGCCUGCCAAGCAUCUCACAUGGCAGUUGCCUGACGAAUGA